AUGAUAAAUUCUGUCCAAUAUAAUAAUAAGGAGGGCGUUCAACUGAGUUCGGAAGGAUCUCCAACAACGCAAUUCCCAACUAGCACGGUAAAAGUAUUGUGCACACAUGAUGGAGUAUUACUACGGAAAGGCAGUGUAGAACACAUAGCUGAUCUGAAUACAAGUGGUUCACUAUCGGUCAUUAGUUAUGAUAUACCGCGACGUCUAUAUAUUGAAUGGCGACCAAAUGAUAGCAUCCUUGUUGCCGAUGAUAGUCAGGAUUGGGCAGUAGUGGAUACAAUUCCUAGACGUUCGCGUACAAUUUCCGAAUGUAAAGCAUUCAAUAUAAAGGCCACUCCAGAAACGAUAGCAUCUAACAAACCACGUUUGAUACGCACCCUUCUUGAUAAUUUGAGUUCAAUAAUUGUGAAAGACCGUGGCCAAGUAAUAUGCUUUAUUCAGAAAGUCGACAAUAACGUGAAUAGUGAAUUCUUUUUCCAACACGGCAAUGCUGAUCAAUUUUUAAAAUCCAUGUGCGAUCAACACAUAAUUGAACACUCAUGCAGUAAGUUGGAUGGAAGUGCAGAGUAUGCGGUACUCAAUACGGAAACACAACAAUUAAAACGUACAUUUGCCGAAUUAAACAUCGAGGAUCUAAAGAAUACAGAAUUAAAGAAAGAUAAAGGAUGGGUGAAGAAUACGUGGACUGGUCUACUUGUAACUUUACCUGACAUAGCGUCGGGUGUUAAGGGUAGUGUUCCUAGAAAUUAUGCCAUGCGUAAUAAACAUAUAGGUAACAAUGAUGAAAUUCGUAGCUGUAACAGCAAUGAGAGCCAGUCACCGGUAGAAGGUGAGCUUGAAAACGUGAAAGAAGAGGAUGAGAAGAUAGUCAAUACAUUGCCAGAUCGUCCAAUGGUUGAGAGAAUUAAGCCGUUAAAUGAAGCACAGUGGUUGGAGUUCCAGUCUGCAGAUGGUAGCAUUUCUGAUGUUGCCGGAAUAAAGAACCUUAUUUUUCAUGGUGGGAUUCACUAUAAUUUACGCGCCGAAGUUUGGAAAUAUCUGCUCAACUAUUACCAAUGGGAUGAGAGUGAAGUUGAACGCAUACAACGAUACAAACAAAAGUCUAAAGAAUAUUAUACAAUGAAAGCCCAAUGGCUAUCAAUGACUGCUACACAAGAAGAGCACUUCAGCGGUUUUCGUGAUCGCAAAUGCCAAAUCGAAAAGGACGUUAAACGUACCGACCGUACUCUGGAAUUCUUCGCUGGUGAAGAUAAUCCAAACUUGAUGGUACUACAAGGCAUACUCAUGACCUAUGUAAUGUACAACUUUGACUUGGGCUACGUCCAGGGUAUGUCUGAUCUGCUAGCACCCAUACUCUCUAUUCAGGGCAAUGAAGUCGAUGCAUUUUGGUGUUUUGUCGGUUUUAUGGAUAUGGUGUUUGCCAAUUUUGACAUGGAUCAGGCUGCAAUGAAAACACAAUUUAACCAGUUACGUCGUUUAGUAGAAUUUUGCAAUCCACGUUUUUUUAAAUAUAUGGUCAUGCAAGAUGCUGACAAUAUGUUCUUCUGCUUUCGCUGGCUACUUGUUUGGUAUAAACGUGAAUUCUCCAACGACGAUGUGCUGAAACUGUGGGAGUGCCUUUGGACUGGACUACCAUGUCCCAAUUUCCAUUUAUUCAUAUCAGUGGCCAUAUUAGACCAACAAACCGAUAUAAUUAUCGAAAACAAAUACCAGUUCAAUGAGAUUUUGAAGCACAUCAACGAACUAACAAACCGCAUAGAUGUGAAGCGAACUUUGGAAAUCGCUGAGGCAAUUUAUUUGCAAACCAAGGCGGUAGAUGACCUGCCUAACGAUAUUCGUCAGAUUAUUGGAGAGCCGAUUUCAGACUCCGAGAAUGGCGAAGAACAUUCUGGCACUGGCACUGAUUUUGCCGAUGAAUUAUAUGAAUUGGUACGCAAACCAAAAAACGAAAAGCGAAUGGAAGAGCAAUUCGAAGAGGCGUGUGAACGUUCCCUGUUUCUUAACUACACAUAAACGUUGUGGUUCCUUAAACCACUAUUAUAUAUCAAGUUUAGUUGCUAAAUAUAAUAACGACUCAGUGUUUUGUAAGCAAAACUACAGCAACGAUCAGUUGACAAUGAGUGCCCUAUUUUACAUUGUGUUAUGAGUAAUAUUUUUUCAAUUUUCUAAGGUAAUUUGUUUUAUUCGUGUAAUCGAUGUUAUCAGCAAGUAUAAACAUGUAUAGUGUUUUUUAAGUAACCCAACACGAAAUUCCAAUAUUUUUGUAAUAUGCUAUGUAUUUAUGAAACACUGACUACUUUAUUGAAAUGAUUACAUUCACUUUCUUGUGACCCUUUGCUCCCCGCAGAGCCAUAGGUUGCAAUAUACCAUUGUAUAUACAUACAGAUACCAUGACUCAUCAUACGAAAUGUCUUAUUGUGAUCAAAAAAUUUUUUUAUUGUAUUUUCUUUGAAUAUCUACAUGCAUGUAUGCUCUAUUUUAUUAAAAAAAGUCAUAUCAAAUCCCUCAUUGUAUUAAAAACUAAAUUAUUAGACAUUCCUGAUGAUUUGGACAUCUGGCGAUGAAGCUACAUCAAGGACUAGGUUUAUCGAUGGUUUGGUGAACCAAAUCGAGGUCGUAGAUCAAUCCAAAAAGAAUUUCGUAGAGGUCUUCUAAAAUCAGUUCUUGUUCCAGAAAUUAUUGAUGCAGUUUGAGAACUGAUAUUGCAGAUCAUCAUGUGACGCAUCGGGGAUUGAAACAACUAUGGACUUUAGUGGGACUGGCAUUAAUAUUGCAUGAAUAUUUGAUUGUAGCAAUUUUUUAAGCGGUAUUCCACAUAAUUUGUUGACCGCUCAAACAAACCUGGUAUCGGUUGGCCGAGAGAAAUGUUAAAAAAUACGCUAACGGUGAUUGGAAAUAUAUCGUUGACAACGAUGAGCUCAAUCCAAAGCGAAUGGUUGCAUGUUUUUCCGAAAAACUGUACAUAUCGCAAUAAUACAACUAGAACGUACGAGAGCAAUAUAUUUUUUUGCCAGAGAUCUUUCAACAAAUCAUCUUCACCACGACAAUACGAGCUCUCACACAUGGACUGAAACAACUGCAUUUUUGAGCACUUAAAACAUCGAUUUGAUGAAUAAACCACUAUAAAGUCUCGACUUAACAACGAAUGACUUAUUUUUAUUCCCGUACGAAUAAAAAAACUAAGAAGUCAACGUUUUUCGACUGCGGAAGAGGCUGUUGUUAUGUUCAUAAUACAUGUUUUGGAGAUACCUCAGUUAGAGUCUCAGAAGUGCUUCAAGAAUUGGUGCAAACGCAUUC